AUGUGCAUCAACCAGAAAGAUGCCGAUGAAAAGGGCCACCAAGUGCAGCUCAUGGCAGACAUCUAUGCCAGAGCAAGUGGCGUCGUCGUGUGGCUGGAAGAGGUAACUGGCGAUAACCAGCUCGACCUUGUUGCGCAGGCCGAAAGCUACCGGGCGCUCCAGGCCAUAAGUCUUGCUGUAAGCGAGGCGCCCACGGCCACCACUGACGAUGUGGAAGACGGCGCAGGAGUCGCAAAGCUUCUUAAUCGGAAUUGGUUCAAUCGCAUAUGGGUCCUUCAGGAGGUGGCCGCCUCUCGGCAUGUUCUCAUCAUGUGCCAUCUCACGGAGAUGGAUGGACAUGCGUUUUGCCAAGGUCUAAGUGCGAUGGAUCUGAGUUCAUUGGAUAGGACCACACAAACGCGUGUUCGUUCGGCCAUCUAUCUCAUCAAAUCGGCAACUCUCCGGCCCAAACAGACACUCCAUACCCCCGGGGUCUUUUCUCUGGGCAUACGUGCUCUCGGAGAGUUGAUUGACCUGUACCACACGCAAAAUGCAACCGACCGUCGAGACAAAAUCUACGCCCUCCUGGGAAUGAGCACCGACACAUAUCCCGACCUGAAGCCUGAUUACCGCAUAUCGUGGAAAGACCUAUUCUGCCGGCUCGUCAGAACCUUCGUCCCAGAGGCUGCCUCGGUAUCUACUUGGAAUGGUUGCGAAACAGCAUGCAUUCAGACAAAGGGACGCGUUCUUGGUACAGUAUCGUCCGUGGAAACCGGAAAUCCGUGGGACGAUACUCAGACCGUGAACAUCGUCGAGUUGCAGGAUGUGCCUGGACUUCAGAGCGGCUGGAUAGGCCGUUGGAAUGUCCGGGCCGCGGCAAAGCGUGCCGGAGAAGGUGACAUCAUCUGUCUCUUGCAAGGCGCAUCCCGGCCGACGCUCAUCAGGGUGUACGACGACUACUGCGUCAUUAUAGCUAUGGUUGUUGAUCAAGCUCUUGCCGAACAGUCCGAGAGCAGACCCAGGACUUACAGCGUGGGGACAGAGACCAGGCCUGAAUCCAGAAGAUCAAGCUUUGAGGAACUUGACAGGGGGGAAAGGAAAUACGUGCUGAAAAGGAAUGAGACGAAGCAUUCGGUGACUACGGGUGGUAGGGUCGUAACUGAUGGAACGUCGACUGGGCAAGCCAACAGUCGCACUGAGAAGGGCUGUGACGCCGAACAUGGCAGCGCUGUGAAAGAGGAGACUGACACAGAAAGCCGAAUGGAGCCCGUCAAAUCCCUGAAUCAUUCUGCAGAUGGAACAGCAUCCGACGUCAACUUUCUUCUAGUAUGGGAUUGGGAGGCUUCUCGCGGUGAACCUGGCCCUGAAGCAAAGCUGGAUGGUUUCCUUCGGGAGCGAGCCAUUGACUACACAGGGCCAUCAGAAGGGGUCCGCCUCAGGGAAGUGGGACUACUCUACUCGAAAAUGGGCUAUUAUUUCAAGGCAAUCGAUCGAUUUGAUUCUGCAAUCGAGGUUUUCAAGAAGACCUCCCAGAUAGACUGCGCCGACGCACUUGCAGUCAUGGACCAGCUCGUCUGGAUCUACCGCAAGCGACGCGAGCGCGGAGACGACCAAAGGGUCGAGGCUGUGCAGAAGAUGGCCGAGAUGGCGGUGUCCAGAAGAAGCUACGAUACCACAGAGGCCAGUCUCGUGGGCCUCGCAUCCUUCCACGACACAAACGCCCUCGAGAUCUUGCUAGACACGCCAGAGCGCCACCUCGAAAUCACCGAGAACGUCCUCGCGGCGGCAGCGUCCAAUAAUGACUGCGGGGGAGCCAUGAUGGAUCUUCUUCUCGACCGCAGAGAUGAAAUCGUCGUCACCGAGAACGUGCUCAGGGCGGCUGUGGGGAACCUCGGGAUGGGUGACGUCAUGCUUAGACUUCUUUUCGAGCGCAAGGGAGACCAGAUAACUGUCACGGAGAGUCUGAUCUGGGCAGCAGCAAGGCAGGACGUCUGGACAGCCGAAUUGCAGGAGGAGGGCAUUGAUGAUGUGCUGUACAUGUUGAGGGCUCUCUUCUCGUGGAAGGGGUGCAAUCCCGCUCUGCGCCGGGAGGGUGCGGCUGAGAUCUUUGCGCUGGAACCUCACCUACAUGGAAGCAAUGCUUUGGAUGGUAUCUACGCACUUCUGCUUGGAAAGCAGAGUGGCCCCGUCACCAUCACCGAAGACAUUGUUGAAGUAAUUGUCAACAGAUGUAGCGAAGAAUGCGAUCAUGACAAUGUGCGUUGCGACCAGUACUAUUGGGGCGGGUUCGCGAUCGCCGGGCGUCGCGACCGCGUGUUGGAUAUGCUGUUUAAUUGGAAGGGGGGCCAAGUAAUCAUCGCCGACGAUGCUCUGGUGGCGUUCGCAGAGGGUUCCCGCUAUCUGGAGGAUAUAUGGAAAUCAAAUCCUGAGAUCUAUUACUGA